CCAAAGUCUGUUAACGAUUUAAUAUUUUUACCUGACAAUGUUAUUUGUUUGAUUGACCUCGUGCUGUGCUUUACAUGAUUUUGAUUUGUUAAAACAAUUAAUAGCAGUUAGUGAGAAAACGAUGAAUUCUGAAGUGGAGCAAUGCAUGAGGCAUGCUGAUGAGAGCGUCGUAUUUGUAAAACAAAAGUUUGAUUUCCAGUCAGAAAUUAAUGUAAAUUAUUCACAAAAACAUUUAAAUGAGCCUUCUUAUAUUAAACAAGAGAUAGAUUCACACUCUGAGGAGUAUUCAGAACACAAAAAAGAAAAUAAUACUUUGCAAAAGGAAAUUAUCAAAAAAGAAGUUCAUUGGAAUGAUGUAGAAAAAAUAGUUGUAAAAACCGAAUAUGUUGAUGUCAAAGAGGAACCAGUCGAAAAUAGUAAUAUGUUAUAUACAGAGGAAAGGAAUUACCUUGGACUUUUAUAUAAAGAUCAUGAAAUAAAGACAGAUUUGGUCAUAGGGCCUACACUUGUACAAACAGAAACAGUAUCUGGCAACACUGAGUCGUUACAUUCUAGAAUUGAUUGUAAAGAUGUACAUAAUGAGGAAUCAGAAUAUCUUGAAAUAAACAAUGAAGUUGUAAUACUUUCAAAUGCAGUACGCACGUGUCGAAAAUCAUCUUCACGAAAAGCAUGUAAAAAAAAAUCAUAAAAGAGAAUCAUGCAUAAAC